GUGACAAGUGAGGAGUGGUUUUGUAUUGUGAUAGUGCUAAGUUGCUAAAUGCUAACUUAACAACACCACAGGACACAGACACAAAAGGAGAAGUGGUCAGAAGCUCAGAGAGAGAGAGACAAAGAAAAGAAGAAUGGGAUGGGAAACUUAAAUUAGCGGGGCAGCACAGCAGAGAAGGGCAUGGCGGCGUUUGCAGUGCUUUUGUGAUUGUAUUAAUGCCCCUUGACGCUGCCCUGGCCGAGAGAGAAUGAACCCGAGCCCCGACACUCUCUCCUCAACUAACAACCACUCUUUAACCACACACGACACAACAGCUACUACUACUACUUGUACAAGUUAAGAAUCGACACUGGAUUCAUUUCUGUCCAAAGAUAGAGAGAGAAAAGAAAUUUAUAGAAACACACGCGCGCACACAAAAACCAAAGAGUUUAUUAAUUGUUGCGUAGGAAAUUAAUUGAAGCAGAAGAGUUGUGGUGGAUUAAUAAUUUAAUUAUAUGUGUGUUUGAGUGGGGGCCGUUUGUUUGGCGAUCGAGGUAUUCUUGAUAUGGAUUUUCGGAGGUCACUAGAGGAGGCAAAAGAAUGGCGGGUUUAUUCUCACUAGGAGGGAGAGGGAACAACAACAACAACGGUCAAGAGGAAAUUCCUCCUCCUCCUGAUACCUUAUUCUGGUACAAUAAGAAUGAGGACAUUUCCUCUUACAGAGGUGGAGGGAGUGGGUUGGAGCUAUGGAACCAGCAACAGCAACAGCAACAGCAACAGCUUGUGGGCCAACCGCGACCUCUCUUUCACCAAGAUCUCUAUUCCGCGUUAGGAGUUGGGUCCAGCAGGCCCAUCUCCGAUGAUCAGUCCUCUUCGAGAUCCGGCUUCAUGGCUAGCGGAGGGAUCAGCUGUCAGGACUGCGGGAACCAAGCUAAGAAAGAUUGUCCUCACAUGCGCUGUAGAACGUGCUGCAAGAGCCGAGGCUUUGAUUGCCAAACUCAUGUCAAGAGCACUUGGGUUCCCGCUUCCAGACGCCGCGAACGACAACAACAACUCGCCGUUUUGCAACAACAACAACAAACCCUCGAACCUUCUGGAGACCGCCACAGAGAGAGGGAUCAUAAUUCUUCGCCUCUCGCCUGCACUCGCCUUCCUUCAAACCCUUCCCCCUCAGGGUUAGAGGAGAUGAAUUUCCCUGCAGUGGUGAGGUCUUCGGCGGACUUUAGGUGCGUACGUGUGAGCUCCGUGGACGAUGCGGAGGAGGAGUACGCUUACUCAACCGCCGUCAACAUUGGAGGUCACGUGUUCAGAGGAAUUUUAUACGACUAUGGUCCAGAAAGUAACACUAAUUACAUGGGUGGUGGGGAGAGCUCCUCCGCUGGUGUUGGAGGGUUAAACCUCACUUCCGGGACCGUUGUGUCUGGGGCACUUGUUGAUCCUUCCUCUUCCAUGUAUUCCGCUCCUCUUAACACCUUCAUGCCUGGUAGCAGCGGUACGCAAUUCUUCCCUCACCCACGAUCUUGAACACGCCACACAGUCCAAACAAACACAAUUUUAUGAUUAAUUUACUGCAUCCUCCCUUUAUCAACCUUUGUCUUCCCGCUAUUUUAUCAUCUUGUAGUACUAAAUUAAAUUUCAUACGCAUUCGAGUAGGAGAGAACGAAAGAAAGUUCAGACGUCUCGUGUUUUGUUUUUUAUGCAAAUGCAAAUGCAAAUUAUCAAUGAUUAAUUACUUUUAAAAUGUGUUA